UAGAUCGUUUAGCUUCUCAUUUCUUGCUUUCUCCAUUUUGGGAGUAUUAUGGAUGUAGUGACUUGGGGAUAAGGUUGAGAUUUGUAGGUUGUGUAGGUGAAAACAGCAAUAUGCCCAUCUUAGGUCAUUUCCUGGCCAAAUAAAAUUUGCCUGGAAAUCUUUAGGAUUCCUACUAUGAUUUACAUGUAUGUAUACAUAGUUGUUAGUGAAAGCUAAAGAUAUAGGGAAUCCUUUGCCCAUCCCUUAAAGAGUGGCCUCUCCUUGUAGGGUCUUCUGUUUUGCCCAAAGGUACCAAAAGGGUUAACUUACUAGCGGGGAGGAGGACUGGUGCCCAGAGGUGCUUUUCCACUCUGUCUCAAAGCCUUUAACAUUCCAGAUAUUAAAUGUCUUGUUGAAUGUUUUGCCAGUCUGCAAAGAUUACACAAAAUUGGGACUGUAAAUUCAAAAAUGAUACAAGCUGUAUAAGUUGUUUCAGACUGUAAAUUGUUCUUAAAACGGAGAACACGGAAUUAAGCCGCUGUAAGAAAUGAGUGAAGCUAGAGUAAACUGAAAAGCUGUGAAUUUAAUGAUCAUAGAACACUGCUUUUUGUCUUACAUUCUAACAAACUUUGGUUCUGAAGCUUUUGUCCUGUGACGAAAUCACAGAGGUUUUUUGUUGUCAGGAAAAGAAAGAAAAACUUUCCUGCCCACAGCAUCUGGUUGAGAUUAGGGGCAGUUUCCUGCCUGCGGAGGGAGCAGGAAGAGAAAGGAGGAAGAAAUGUGUGAGACUAAGGAGACAGUAAACAUCUAGAGAAUAGGAAAUACUGUCAGCUGUUCCUGGUCGUCUCAUGGCAAGAUCUGGGAAAGUAUCCCAAACUUGGGGCAAGGGAGUAAAUAAUGCCUUGAAGAAAUGGUCAGGAAGCAAAACUUAGCUGGAAAUUUCUCCUUUGUGUAUUCUUCAACCCCCAUCCAACCUCCAGCUUUGUCCAUCUCCUUCAGGUCUGCAGGGGACAUUGGAGGAAACAGGAUGUGGGGGCUCGAGGUUCUACUGCUGCUGCCCAUGGCAAGCUUUGCUCUAUAUCCUGAGGAGAUACUGGACACUCAAUGGGAGCUAUGGAAGAAGACCUACGGGAAGCAGUAUAACAGCAAGGUGGAUGAAAUCUCUCGGCGUUUAAUUUGGGAAAAAAACUUGAAGCAUAUUUCCAUCCAUAAUCUUGAGGCCUCUCUUGGCGUCCAUACAUAUGAACUGGCCAUGAACCACUUGGGGGACAUGACCAGUGAAGAGGUGGUUCAGAAGAUGACUGGACUCAAAGUACCCCCCUCUCAUUCCCGUAAUAAUGAUACCCUCUAUAUCCCAGACUGGGAAAGCAGAGCCCCAGACUCCAUUGAUUAUCGGAAGAAAGGAUAUGUUACUCCUGUCAAGAACCAGGGUCAGUGUGGUUCCUGUUGGGCGUUUAGCUCUGUGGGUGCCCUCGAGGGCCAACUCAAGAAGAAAACUGGCAAACUCUUAAAUCUGAGUCCCCAGAACCUGGUGGAUUGUGUUUCUGAGAAUGAUGGCUGUGGAGGGGGAUACAUGACCAAUGCCUUCCAGUAUGUGCAGAAGAACCGGGGCAUUGACUCUGAAGAUGCCUACCCAUAUGUGGGACAGGAUGAAAGUUGUAUGUACAACCCAACAGGCAAGGCAGCUAAGUGCAGAGGGUACAGAGAGAUUCCUGAGGGGAAUGAGAAGGCCCUGAAGAGGGCAGUGGCCCGAGUGGGACCCAUCUCUGUGGCCAUUGAUGCAAGCUUGACCUCCUUCCAGUUUUACAGCAAAGGGCAGGAUUCUACAGGUGGCCCUUGGAAUGCAGAAAGCUUCACCUUGAUAGUUUGUUUCCCAGGUGUGUACUACGAUGAAAACUGUAAUAGCGAUAAUCUGAACCACGCGGUGUUGGCAGUGGGAUAUGGCAUCCAGAAAGGAAACAAGCACUGGAUCAUUAAAAACAGCUGGGGAGAAAACUGGGGAAACAAAGGCUAUAUUCUCAUGGCUCGGAAUAAGAACAACGCUUGUGGCAUUGCCAACCUGGCCAGCUUCCCCAAGAUGUGACUUCAGCCAGCCAACUUUAUCCUGCUUUUCCAUUCCUUCCACGAUGGUGCGACAUACUGAUGUACUUCGGAAGGGAGUUGGUGUGCCUUUUUUGAAAGCGGAUGUAGCAAUAUAGAGAUUGUCCAUUCAGUUCCCCUGUUUGUGCGUCAAGUGACACCCCCACUACUUUCCUUCUCUCCACCCAAUGCCUCUAUUUUUCACUGUGGCUGCAGUAGGAAUUUCCCUAGCAGAUGUACAUUCUUAGGCUAGAAGAUGUGACCACAGCCUGCCCGGACUGUUGUGAAGAGUCAGAGGCUAGAGGUCUUCAGGUAGAUUCUCAUUCACAGUGACUAGUUAGCUUUAACCACCUAGAGGACUAAGGUGACCUGAUUUCUCAGUCUCCAAGUUCACUUCUUCUGUAUCCUGAAGAUAGAAAUUUCUAUGUUUUCUACCCCAAUUCAUAAACCUAUUCAUAAAUCUUUGGUACCAGUUUAUGUGAUACAAGAAAUGUGUUUUCUUUUUCCUUCUUUGCAUUUUUAAAGUAAACCAAGUAUUUAUCUCUUGUCUCUAAUUUAAUAAAUACCUAUUUAGUAAACAUUCA